AUGGAGAUGAACUAUGAUGAAGGGACUCUUCAUCAAAUCGAGGAGCAGCUGGGAACAGUGAUCUACCCAGGGACGGAGAUUAUGACAGACGUGGGCUCUCAUCAUUUCGUGAAAUCAUCCGCCAAAUCCGAUCGGGUGCUGGUGCCUCAGCCAUCGCAAGAUCCUCAUGAUCCUCUGAACUGGAAUCGAUUUUGGAAAAUGAGCGCCAUGACAAUUUCUUCCUUGACAUCUUUCAGUCAAGGUCUGGGCCCUUUGGCAUUGGCUCCUAUGUUCCCGCAGUUGAUGGAGGCAUUUGACUGCGAUUUGGCCGCCGUCGUGCAGUUCACAGGUGUUUGCAUUCUGGUGCUGGGGUUCAGCAAUUUCUUCUGGAUACCCAUCCAAACUUCCUACGGACGACGACCGGUCCUGAUUUUCUCAACCCUAAUCUGCCUGGUCAGCAAUAUUUGGCGAGCAAUGGCGACCAGCUAUGGCAGCUAUAUGGGCGCUUGUGUGCUGAAUGGUUUUGGCGCUGGUCCCGCAGAGACGUCUCAACCAGAGAUUAUUGCAGACAUCAUCUUCCUACAUGAGCGUGUGAUUCGGGAGGUCAAAGCUUUUGCUGUCACUGAUAUCAUCCAGGUUGGUCCCAUCAUCGCGGGUCCUAUGGCCGAGCAUAGUGGCUGGCGUAGCUUCUUCUGGCUGAACGUCGGCGUCCUCGGAUUGGUGCUCCUACUUCAGAUUUUCCUUUUCCCCGAGACCAAAUGGCAUCGGAUUCAUCCAGACGAGGUUGCUCAGGCGGAACCUCCUUCUGAGUCGGCAAGCGUUGGAUCGGAGACAGAGAAAGCAGUCAAUGUCUCCAAGCAAGAGAACGAGAAUGCGGAAACUGGCGAGCGCGAUCCUUAUUUGCACAAAGGCACCCCAUCAAAGCAACAGUUUAAGCUCUGGCAAUUGGAUGGAAACAACAUCAAGGCUGUUAUUCUCAGCUUCUGGAUUCCAUGGAAACUGUUGACCUUCCCCAUCGUCGAGCUAGCCGCGUUCGUCGUGUCAUGGUCCGCCAGUUGUUUCCUCACUCUCAAUCUCACCCAGAGCCAAGCAUUUGCCGAACCCCCAUACAACUUUGGCAGUCAAACGAUUGGUUUCUUCAAUUUUGCUAUUUUGAUCGGGAGUUUCAUUGGCUUGGCCACCAACGGUCUUCUUUCAGAUUGGAUCUCCAUGAAAGCAACCCGGAAGAACCGCGGUAUUCGAGAACCCGAAAUGCGUCUGCCGGCAAUGAUUCCAUAUGUCAUCAUCUCGAUAAUCGGAAAUUUCAUCGUUGCAUUUGGAUACCAGUAUAAAUGGGACUGGAAGAUCAUCGUCUUCAUUGGAUACACUGCAGCAGGCAUCCAGGUUGCGGCACUUCCCGCUAUUACCAGCACAUAUGCGGUUGACAGCUACAAGCCUGUGGCGGGCUCGAUUUUCGUAGCUAUCACUGUCAACAAGAACCUCUGGGGCUAUGGCUUCAGUAGAUUCAUCACCGAAUGGGUGGAAGAGAGUGGGUUUGUCAAGCCAAUCAUGUUGAACAUGUCAUUGGCAGCGUUGUGGUGUUUCUGUGCCAUCCCCUUCUACUUUUAUGGCAAGAAGUUCCGGGGAUGGACGGCCAAGUCUUCGGUCCAUAAGAUGUAA